AUGGCGUCAUGGCUGCAUCUUUCUGCUGGAUCAUCGCCACUUUUAAGUGGUGAUCAAGGUAGCCUCUUGCGCGCUUUCCCCAUGUUACCAAGGCGCUUUGGGUCUCGUGUGUCUCCUAGAGCAUCUAAGGAUGUCCCCUACAGUUUUAGGUACCCUCCAAUGACUAAGAAGCCUCGAUGGUGGUGGAGAACGCUAGCAUGUCUUCCUUAUCUUAUGCCCCUUCAUGAAACUUGGAUGUAUGCUGAGACAGCUUAUCACCUGCACCCUUUUUUGGAAGAUUUUGAGUUCAUUACAUACCCUUUUCUUAGAGCCAUUGGGCAGUUGCCGGGCUGGUUCUUGAUGGCAUACUUUUUCGUCGCAUAUCUUGGAGUCGUGAGGAGAAAGGAAUGGCCGCACUUCUUUAGGUUUCAUGUCGUGGUGGGUAUGUUACUGGAAAUUGCACUGCAGGUCAUAGGGAGUCGCUGGAUGCCUCUUGCCAUCUACUGGGGCAAAGUGGGGAUGCAUUUUUGGACAGGUGUCGCUUUUGCUUACCUUUUUACUGUCUUGGAGUGCUUGCGUUGCGCACUUUUUAGGUUUCAUGUCGUGGUGGGUAUGUAUGCUGACGUCCCCUUCGUUUGUGAUGCCGCCUACAUUCAAAUCCCAUAUGAUUAG